UUGAAAAUGCUAGAUUGUUCUGACUUGUUUUGCUGACCCUUAAGGUUGUUACCCGUUCUAUCAGAAAGACCCCUUUAUUAUGGAAGAGUGCCCUCAUGUGUACUUCAGUGGAAAUGCACCAAGCUACCAAUGUAAACGAGUCACAGGACCUGAAGGACAAGAUGUUCUCCUAGUAGCAAUCCCAGAGUUCAGCAGCACACAGACGGCCUGUCUUGUGAACCUGCGCGCCUUGGAGUGCGAGCCAGUCUGCUUCUCCUCUUUUUCCACAGAGGAUGAUGAGGACAAUGAGAUGAAUAUCAGCCAUUAAACACUCGCUUAUCAACAUAUGACACUUGUUCCUG